AUGGUGCUGCAAGCAAGCGACUGCGUUUGCCUGCCGGGCUAUGGCUACGACAGCGUGAGACAAGAGUGCGACCCAUGCCAGAGGGGAGAGUACAAGUCGACCUUGGCGGAUGAAAACUGCGUGAAGUGCGGUACCUCGAGGUCGACCGAGUGGACCGGGUCCACUGGCCCCAGUGAAUGCAAAUGCGACACGGGCUUAUUUGAAGAAGGUGGCCUUUGCAUUGCUUGCGACAUCGGCUACUACUGUGAUGGUUCCGGAGAGAAGCAGGCGUGUCCAUCCAACUCCACUACUUCCAGAACAAAAGCUUUCGGCAGCCAGGAGUGCGUCUGCAAGCCCGGUUACCAGAGAACAGGCACGUCAUGCCAACCUUGUCCAAGAGAGUUUUACAAGCCCGGCGAUGGCGAUGAGCAAUGCUCAGACAGAUGUCCGCCAGGCGCGGACAGCGAGCUUGGGGCUGUGCGGCGAGACGACUGCUUCUGCAAGCCGAACCAUACUGCAGAGCUUGAUGAACGGGGCGAUUUGGCAGGCUGCGCCAACUGCCUCUUCUACAGUGGUUUGACUUGUCCAGGUGGCUUCGAGAAAAAUGGUUCUUCCCAUGCGCAGCCGCUUGCAAAGGAAGGCUGGUUCAGAACUGGCAACAUCACAGCGAUCGAAUGUACGAUUCUUCAAGCUAACAGCACAAGCGUUUGCAUAGGAGGCACCGAGGAGUGUCAAGCAGAACCUGGCCAAGGACGAUGCAGUGGAGAUUUCCCGAAUGAAUGUGUACAAGGCUCCACAGGGGUUCUCUGCGGGGAGUGCUCUGAGGGGUACGCCCGAGAGUUGCGCAUGGAGCCCUGCACCUCUUGCAUCAAACAGAAUAUGGCUUGGCUCCUUGCCACGAUCCUUUUCGACAUGGUUCAAAUUUCCGGCUUGAAUUUUGCCAUGGCGUGGAUCGUGGCGAGGGGAGCUAGCCAAGUGAAGUUUGCACUGCAUUCAGCCAUGAUUCGGCAAGUGCUACAUUGGAAAAAUGCCUGCUCUAUCCUCACAGAUUUUGAGCUGGACCGUCUACUGCCAUUUCCAUGGUCGGAAAGACAGGCGGAGGCAGAAGACAGAUGCGCUGGUGCAUCAUGUUCACUAUUGAGGUUCCCGUGGCCUCGGGAACUCAAGGCUGCGCUGGAUGACUUCUUCACGAUGCUGGACGUACUUCCAUCGGCCAAUGUGUACUUUUCGAUCGCUUGCCGGUCUGAAAAGCUAUUCGACGACAAAGACGACAAAGUGCAUGCAAAGAGGCUCGUACCAUCGCUGUAUUAUCUCGGUCUACCCAUCCUGUCAGCCACAUGCACAAUCCUUCUUUGCGGCAUCCUCGUCUACAUUGUGGUCCCGUCGGGAAAGAAAUGCGGCAUUUUUUUCAGCGAGGCAGCUCGGGAAACUGGGCCCUGUUAG